AUGCCCACAUCCACCCACUCCCACCGUAUAAGCAAACCGCCCAGCAAACGGGGGUCCCGACGCGCAUCACGCAAGACAAGCCAGCCAGCAACUCCACCUCUGCAGACCACACGUCAGCCAGAGCAACCCACGACCCCCACAAAUGAACCCCUAGUCGAACGCACCAACAGCCUUUCCCUGGAGGAAUUCACUCGCCUCUACGUCCAAAAUGAAGAUCUAGGCAUUACAAAUGGCUCUUCAAGCCCCGACGGACCACAUCCACCUCCACCCUCAUCAUCCGAACAACAGCAACAGCAACAGCAACAGCACCAGUACAAAAUUGACAUCUUCACCGCAUCAACCAUCCCAGACCCGCUCUUCGAGCAAUGCUUCCAUCUCAUCGAGACGACCUCUGCAGAGGCAUACCGAGCCUCCUCGAUUGGAUGGUCGCCGCCCAAGAAGCGCAAGGAGAUGAAGCUGCCAGACAUGAAGUACCUGGUUCUUCGGCGCGCCACCACCAGUGGGAGUGGUGCGGCGGACGUCGCUGACGACGCGGACACGACUUUUAACGUCCUGGGUUUCCUCUCGUUCAUGGUCACCUACGAAGACGGGUUUGAAGUCGUCUACUGCUACGAGGUGCAUUUGUCGGCCGCGGUGCAGCGGCAAGGGCUGGGGGCGCAGCUCAUGCGGGUGUUCCUGCGGAUCGGGGAGCGGGUGGGCAUGCAAAAGGCCAUGUUGACGGUCUUUCGGGCCAAUGGGGCGGCGAUCCGCUUCUACGAGCGGCUGGGGUUCGAGGUCGAUGAGAGCUCGCCGCGGCCGCGCAGGCUGAGGAAUGGGACGGUUAAGGACCCGGAUUAUCGCAUCUUGUCGCGGGUUUAUAGAAGAGAGUGA